AUGAUAAGUGACUGUAAACGGAGUUUGGUAUAUGCUACACAAUUAACUCCAUUCACACUACGCCAAUGUACGGUCAAUCGCUAUACCGGACCGGGUAUUUUAUCAUUUGUCGCUUAUGAAGAUGUUCAAGUGCAUGUGCAUGCAUCGAACGAGGUGCCCAAUGACAUUGAAAGUGAUAUCAAAGAGGAGAUAUUUUAUGGAUCUGAUAAAGAGAUCAUUAUUAAGGUCAUCGAUAUGGUAAACGAUGCGAGCGUACAAGAAUCUUCGAUUUCCAAACGAAAUUGCCGCUUUCCAUGGGAACGCAAUGAAGCAACACAACUCUAUCCAAUGCUGUACAACCAGUAUAGCCACUCAACGUGCAUCAUUGAAUGUUCACUGAAGAUACAACUUGAAUUAUGUAAUUGUUCACAUCAUUUGAUGCCAUACUCGAACAACGAUACGAAAAUGUGUGACAUUGAUGGUUUGAUUUGUCUCACAAAUAAUUUCGGGAAAAUCGAUUCGAUGAAAAAAGAUUGCAGUUGUGACACAUCAUGUGAUGAACCCGAUUACAAUGCUUUAUACUCAUCUGCCACAGAGAAAUACCGCAAUGAGCCUGGCAGCUUGAUUACAAUAGCAAUGCUCGGUCUACCAAAAGAAAGAUUCAUAAGACGAGUCGUGAAAACAACGAUGGAUGAUUUUAUCUCUAUUGGUAGUAUCCUCAGCUUGUUUUUUGGUCUAUCGAUUCUCAGCACAUUGGAUUAUACUCUGCGAGCUGUUAAAUAUUUAUUUAGGCUAAUCAUGUUCAUAUUUUCCAUAAAAAAAUGUAACCAUCGCCGAAGAAAUAAAACAUUGGCACAUCGAUUAGCUUCAAAAUAG